AUUGUAUUGUAUGCGCCAAAACCACCAGACGACAACUGUUGCCUUGUCCAUCUUCAGUUCGAAAAACAUUCUCCGAUGAAGUCGAUGCUCAGAAGUGUCGCAGGAUGAUCCACAAGUGGUCUACAAAAAAGCCAGGUAUCAUCAAAAUCAUUUACUUCGCACAACAUUUGCAGCCCUGUUUUUACUCACGAGAUUGACCAUGAGGCACUUUUCACUUCUCAACAACGCCACUGUAUCUUUAUCAUAUGAUUAGACCACACACACCAUCUCCCAUGUAUUUGCAUGUAAAAUAUCAGCAAUCAGCACAAUGCCUUUGAGCGGCGCCAGCUUCCGGGUCGCGAAUCGUCCGAAAGCGUCCCGUGUCCUUGCGGGGCUGUUGCCAUUGCUACUUGCUGGCAGCACAACAAGCAGUCUCCUAGUGGAAGGUGCUUUUCGCAAGAGCUCAAGAAAUAGAACGUCGAUUGAAAACAAGGUUAGAAAGCUAUUUUCAUCUACUUCUGACGAAGAAGGAGAAAUGGCUGGGACGACAUUUUUGUGGUCGCCAGAUGCAGAAUAUACUGUCGAGCGCAGCAUAAGCUACGCGAGUACUGACGAUACCGGACUUUCUUCGCCCUAUAGUAUCGCCGCAUCGUCAUCAACGUAUCUGCCGUCACCUACUGGGACGACUGCGACUGCUCUGACGUCUAGUAGAGACCUAGUACACGAAGCGGAGUCAUGUCUAAGCGGUCUCAGUAACUUGUCAUUACCAGAACAACACGAACGGGAGCAACGACUGGUGGAAGUAGUUCAUCUCCAGGCACGACAAGGGUGCUUCCGCGUUUGAUAAUUAGGGCAAAGGUAGGCUCUCUUCAUCAGCACGAGCCCUGCAGUUGGAGUGUUCACUGCGAAGAACCUCUCUAUCUACUUCCUUGUCGUAAAACUGAUUUCAUCGCGGUGUUCUUCAUCUACACCUGGUGUCAAAUUUUCUCAACAGACACCAGGCGAAUUGGAAGUCAGCACCAUGAUUCUGCUAUCGCAGAUCAUUUUGAUAGAGCUCUUGCAGUCGCUUUUCGCCUCCGUGUUUCCUGUGCAGUGCCACACCCGUAGACAAAUUGUUUACUGGGUAUAUCAUCAUCAUCUCUUGGAUGGGGCGUGAUGCUAUACUCGAGUGUGGAUGGCCGACUGUGACCCGUAAAAGGAGGAAGGGGGAGGAGAAACAGCUCAUCGAAAUAAGUAUGAAAGUUUGUCACUUCUAAAACCUUUGAAGGGCUUGGGCUUGCAAGCAUAUACUAUAAGUAACUGUCCUCAGUUACAUCGAAGAAUGCUAGCUUUUACCUACCUUACCUAGUAAGAACUUUAUCAUCUCCAGUUUGGUCCCAGUAUUACUGCAGUUACAAGCCGGGCUAUCGCUAUUUUGUUUUCCAUUUUUGUUCUGGCGAAUCUUUACGCUGCGAGUGUUAAAGUUGACAUGAUUGAUGUUAAUGUUAGAGGCAAUAUUGUUCUGCCGUUACUCCAUAGUUGUACAUCAAUGUGCAUCUCGCAGCGUCCUGCUGUAAUCUGAAGAACUUUUCAACUUUUAUUUUACUGAUGGAUCCUAAGUAAUCCUUGUGGUUUAUUGUACAAGCCGGCACUACCAUUAUGUACGCCAAGAAUGUUUAGUAAGUAAUUCGUUACAGGAUGAAAGUCUAAGUUUCAGUACUUUCUCUUGGCAGCUAGUACCUAUUUCAAUUUCUGAGGAAUUCCAACCACUGUCACCUGAAGAUGCAUUCUGACCUUUCUUGGGCUCCUCCCGUGACUGGAGCAGUACAAUCAUGAAUCAUUGUAGCACUGCGAUUCGUGUAACAUUUGAAUUGUUGGCCACGGCCCUUAGUGUGCGGCUGUGUGUCAGUUUCUCUCUAUUAAUUCUUGCGAUCUAUAGCCACAAGAUCUACCCAAGAACGGAAGUGAAAGUGUGUCUCUUCUACCUUUUGUGUUGCCAAAUUCUCUUGGAAUGGAUUAAGCC